GUAGGGAGGAGCCACCUGUGGCUGCGUUCCUAUGGGUGCUCGAUCAUGGUCAAUUAAGCAUGCACCAGCGGGACGCGUCAAAGGCGCGUCGAAAGCUUCCCCGCGAUAUAACUUGUUCGACAAACACCCCGACAACUUAGCAGUGCUACAAAAGAACGAUUCCGAUAGCCCUAGACGGUUUCUUGCAUAUUGUACCUCUUAUUCAAUCCCUUCCAGACUGCAUACGAACCCUUUAUCCGGGUCGAUGCUCCGCACUACACCGCCAACAUGAACAUUGUUCCACCGCACUAUAAUGAUGGCAACAGAGCCUUCCUGCAAGCCUUCUUGGCUCGCGGGACCCUCACAUUCGAGGAGGCGCAGACCAUUCUUGCAGAGAUAUUCACAAUCGAAGCCGAAGAUGGCGAACCGGUCACCACCGAACAGGUCACUCAGCAGGAUUUCGAAUCUUUCCUGCAAGCAGCCGCUGAAGCCGUUUCUUUCUUCGACUACGAGAUCCGAAGCGCUGCCCACCAAGUCUCCAAGAAGCGUGUCUAUGCUCUCGUCAACACGGCUUCGGACCCGAUGACCCAGCUCGCGACCACAUAUAAUGCCGAACAGAUCGCCUUCAUCAAGAGACUACUCGAUGCCAUGUUCGAGACGUACAACUCCCCGCGCAUGGAGCUCAUGUGCAUCACAGAGAUGCAGGCGAUUAAGCUGGCCCGUCCCUCGCGUCAGCAGAACAACAACCGCAACGAUGUCGACGAGGAUGGAGCACCGACGCAGACGCAGUCCUCCGCGGACAAGGGGCUGAAGCACAGUGAGGUGGAAGACAUGCUGAUGAACCUGGUAAACCAGGGCUGGUUGGAAAAGUCUAGGAACGGGUUUUAUAGUCUCAGCCCCCGAGCGCUGCUCGAGCUCAGAGCGUGGCUCAUCGACUCGUACAACGACCCCGACGCGGCCGCGCAGGAGUGGCAACGCAUCAAGUUCUGCGAGGCGUGCAAGGGGAUCGUCACCGUUGGCCAAAGAUGCGGGGAGGUAGAUUGCAACGCACGCCUGCACCACAUUUGCGCCGACGCAUACUGGCGAACGCAACGCAGCCAUAAGUGCCCUAGAUGCUCAAGAGACUGGGACGGUGAACAUUACGUCGGGGAGGAAGCGCAGACCAGUACGGAGGCCUACAAGAGGGGCCGCCGUAGAAGCGGGGGCAGGAAAAGCAACGUGGCUGACGAAGAUGUGCACGAGAACGGUGAAGAAGAAGUCGAGGAUGGGGCAUGAUGAAACAUAAAGGUUUGGGACUCCAUAGCUCAACCAACCAACCAACCAACCCCUAGAUGUUGCGGGCAGUUUUCAGGAAAGAUACCCCCCGUACUGGUGGCUGAAGCAGAAGCUAGCCACUCGACCGUCUCAGACACCGAAGCUGUCGAACAAAACAAAACAUCUUUUUAAUAAUAAAAAACAGUCCUAUUCUGGAUGAACACCAUAUUUCUCCCACAUUACUAGUAGUAUACAUACAUACAUACGUUGCCUCACUGGGUCCUAGCGUCCCAACAAGAGAGGCGACGUUUUGGACCCUGGAGGGGCCUCCGAUGUGGCGG